GAAAUGGGUACUAUGAUCAAAGAAUUCUCUGUAUUAAUUUUGCCCACUCUUCCUAUUUUACUACAUUUACGACUCAUUAUUGUUAUUGUCACGCCACUAUCCCCACCAGGCAUACUGUGCACUGCAAAUAGUCUAUACAUUAUUAUACCACCUUCCACCCAACAAUGGAGGCAAAACUGGGCUUCGAUGGUCUAGGGCACGUGGAGAUUAUCUACGAGGAAGAAGAAGAUGAAGAAGACAAAACUAAAGGCGGCAGUGACCUAUCCUCUUCCACAGCCAUUUCUGCUCAUGACUCGCCCUCCUCUCAGCUUCCACACCUUUCUUGUAUCAAAUCCUGGUGCCGAACAACCGGAGAUGAAACGGACGUGGUGAUAUACGUGGAGGAUUCAUGUUUCCACUUGCACAAGGCGGCGUUGACAAGUAAAAGCGGGUACCUAAAACGACACCUCAACAAGUCGUCUGAGCUAACUCUCUCCCCGCCGUUAAAAAUAACGGCCCACACAUUUACCAUGUUGGUCGAAUUUCUUUACGGUGUUGACUUAACCUUAACGCCGUUCAACGUCGUCUCCCUUCGAACGGCCGCCGAGCUGCUGGAAAUAACCGGCGGCGAAGAGGGGUUGGUCCAAAAAACAGAAAUAUAUUUCUGCCGUGCGGUCACCGUGAAACCGGAAUGCACGCUGAUCGUGCUGCGUUCUGCCCUGUCGUUACUGCCGGAGUCAGAAACGACGGCGCGUCUUGCCAGCAGAAGUAUUGAAGCGUUAUGCGUGAUGGAUAACGGUGUUACGAGCUGCAUGGACGACGUUAAAGAGUUGGCUCCCAAGGAUUUUACGGUAGUUCUGGAAUCCAUGAACCGGCGUUUUUGCAGCAGUCAUGACCUACUUUACAAGCUUGUUGAUCUCUAUCUUAAGGAACACAAUGGGAAGAUGGCAGAUGAAGAGCAGCUGCGCAUCUGCAACAACAUAGACUGCUCCCUCCUCUCCCCCAAGCUGCUCAUGCAUGCAGUCCAAAACCCCAAAAUGCCCUUACGCUUUGCCGUCCAAGCCAUGUUCGUGCAGCAGCUCAACACACGCAGCUCCAUCGUCUCCGCCGCCGCCGCCCGCCCCCUCCACAAAACAACCAACAAUAACGACAACAAUAACAACUCGGUUAUGACCCUAGGAGCGAUCCUCGAGCGCGACGCGGUUUUCCGCCAAGCGGCUGACCUGAAGGAAGCCAUGGACGCCACCAGCUCCCGCAUCCAAAGCCUGGAGAAGGAGCUGAGCGAAAUGAGGGAGCUUUUAAAACGGCAGCCCAUCAGAAAGGGAGAAAGGGGAUCUGUUUCUUCUGGAAGUUUCCGGCUGUACUCUGAGAGGAAAAAUGGUAAGGGAGAAAAAGGUGGCGGGGUUUAUUCUUCAUCAUCCAGUUUCCGGGUUGUUUCAGGCUCGUCUUCCUCGGAAUGGUCGUCGCAGGACGGAAGUCCGAUGGUCGGAAAAGGGUAUCUACCUCGGAGGUUUAUCAAAGGGCUGAUAAGCACGUUUAAGGUAUCAAAGAACCAGCCGGCGGGAACCCUUGGAAAACUGGGAAUGCCAAAGAAGUCGGUGAUGACAACGGGAACAACUAGCUAGCUAGGGAAUUAGAGUAUCCAUCCUAUGAUCUACGAUAGUACUGUAUUUCGUAUAUUCUCAUAUCUUAGCCUGAUCAAUGCUCUGUUUAGACAUAAAAAAAUUAGGGAUUUAUGUUCUCAAUUCACUUCCAUUCAUGCAUCUGUUUUGCUCCCAUCCAAAUUAUUAAAUGUAAGUUAUGUAACUCAAUCGAAGUAGUUUAUUUAUCAAGGAAAAGUUAAUGAUAUACCGGUAUAAUCAACAUCAA